AUGGAGGAUAACCACUAUGCAACCACAAUCAAGCCCGAAUAUUUCGAAACCGAUAGAGCAGAAUUUCCCGAGAUUCGUCUCCGAAAAACCAGUAACAAGCGAAAGAAACAAAAGAACAAGAGGAAGCCAAAAAAUACCGAACGAAACGAGGUAGUCGACCGCAAGAUCGCCAAGAGAAAGUACGGUAAAAGAUUUGUAAAAACUUCUCUGCGCGAUGAUACUUCUGCGUCUAAAGAGAUCGGUAGAGGGAAACCGGUGGAUAUUAUUGUACACAUUAAAAUGACUGAAUAA